AACCCUAGGUUGACCCUUUUCAAUUUGAAUUGCUUUGCAAAGCAACUUCAGCCUGCUGAAGGUUUGGAGCAGCUAGAGAGAGACCCAUCGCCGCCGACCUGCCUCGCAGCCGACCCUUCUCGCGGCCGACCGCCUCUGCAUCCUCCAUCUCUGCCGCCGCCUCUCUCGCUGUCGGCGCGUCGCCUUUCCUCUCUCGCCGCUCUGGCUGCUGCCUCGCCUCUCGUGGCCGACCCGUCUAGCCUCUCGCUGCCGACCGCCGCUGCAUCCUAUAUCCCUGCCGCCGCCUCGCAUCUCUCGCCGCCGCUGAUGGUUGAAAUGAAGAAGUUUCAGUCCAACAUUGCCAGUUCAAGCAAAAUCAAGUUUGAUGAGAGUGAAGACGGUGAUUCUUCUUCUGAAAAUGAGGGAGAGAUCCAGCAAGAGCUUGCAGAUGUUACAUUUGAGGAGCUACAGAAAGCACGCUCUAAUGGGUCACACACAGUGUACAGGAAGCCAAAUUCAGAGAAAAAAAGAGGCCGAGCAAACAAGAACAGGCCCAUGGAAGCCAGUGCCAAGAAACCAGUUAGCAGAUUUAGAGAGGUCAUUCAAGCUCCUAAGAAGGUGGUUCGUGAUCCUCGUUUUGAAUCAUUAUGUGGCAAACUUGAUGAAGUAGGGUUCAAGAAGAGAUAUAACUUCUUGUAUGAAAAUGAACUUCCUGCUGAACGUGAGAAAUUGAAGAAAAUAAUGCAGAAGUCAAAUGACCCAGCAGUAAUUGAUGAAUUAAAGAACCACGUUUCUUGGAUAGACAAACAAUUGAAGUCUGCAUCAGUGAAGCAUAGUGAUAAGGGCAUUCUGUCUGAGCAUAAGAAAAAAGAAAGAGAGGCUGCAAAGCAAGGAAAGAGACCAUUUUACUUAAAGAAAUCUGAAAUUCGGAAGCAAGGACUUGUUAAAAAAUACAAGGAACUCAAGGCAUCUGGCAAGCUCGAAUCCUAUAUUCAGAAGAGGAGGUCGAGGAAUGCUGCAAAGGAUCACAGGUACAUGCCAUAUCGACGCCCAGACAGUAGCGAGCAGCAAACCCAGUGACAUUGCCACUCUCUGGCCGUAUAAUCGACGUAGACUUACAUGUGUUCCAGUCUUAUUUUUGGUGGUCAAUACAUGCUCGCUCACUCACUCUUUUGAAGGGUUCUUAUUUCUUGGCAUAAAUUUUGGGUUCAAGGCUGGUUCUAGAUAUGGGUUUUGGCUCUAGGAGUAAGCGUUUUUCGCCUCUGUUAAAGUGUAAAGUCUGUUAGCCAUUGUGCUUUGUUUAUUCGUAUAUGGACGAGACAAAUUGAGUUAAUUUUAUCUGAGUUUAUGUAAGACUAUUUUUCUAGUUUA